CUGCCUUGUUUCCCUUCCCUCACCUUCAUGCACUCAGUGCCAUCGAGAAUCAGCGAUCCAGACACAGAGCAAUAGAAGAGUGAGCUUGCGGUUUGGUUCGAUUGCGUUGAAGCUCUCUCCCCUCGAGCCCCGGCGUCCAUGGCCUGAGGUUUUCAUCAGCUUCAGUAUUUGAGUCCCAGCCUCAUGUUAUGUGCAGCUUCUGUGUGGCAGUUGUGUAAGCCGCCUUCACACGUUUUUCUCUGUCAGAGUGACGCAUGUAUUAAAAACAGUAGUGAUAAAUAUCAUCCCCAAGGUUCAUAUUUCUUGCGGUCGAAUAUACUAUCAACGAAGCUUGUUGGGAAGAAGGUCAAUACCAAUAUAGAUUCGACUUACUUACUAUCUCGUCGACCAGGAACGGCAAUGGAGACUCGAGCCGCUGUUUCUGUCGGAAGUGAAUCAACAUUGUCUCAGGUCGUGGACUUUAAGAAACUGCAGAAUGGCAGUGAUAUUCGUGGAGUAGCAGUGGAUGGUGUGGAAGGUGAACCUGUAAAUCUUACGGAAGCUGUUGCUGAGGCUAUAGGUGCUGCAUUUGCAGCGUGGCUUCUUGAUAAGAAGAACGCUGACUUCUCUACGAAACUUAGAGUGUCACUUGGAACCGACUCAAGAGUAUCUGCUAAAUCAAUUCAGAGUGCCGUAGCUCGAGGAAUAUCUGGAGCUGGAUUGGAUGUCAUUGAAUAUGGUAUGGCAUCAACACCAGCGAUGUUCAAUAGCACCUUAACAGUUCGAGACGACCUUUUUUGUCCUGUUCAAGGGGCGAUAAUGAUUACAGCAAGUCACCUUCCUUACAACAGAAAUGGGCUGAAGUUCUUCACUAGUGACGGAGGCCUUGGCAAGAAGGAUAUUACUGAUAUUUUAUCAAGAGCAGAGAAGAUUUACCAUGUGAUGUCUAAUGAAAGUACAGAGGCGGCAGCAGCUGUAGCAGACAAAAUUGUGCAUUCUGUUGAUUACAUGGAGCAGUAUACUGCUGAUCUUGUAGAUGCCGUUCGCAAAGGAGCUGGAGGAGUUGAGCGACCAUUGGAGGGAUUUCACAUAGUUGUGGACGCAGGGAAUGGGGCAGGCGGCUUCUUCGCAGGGCGUGUCCUGGAGCCUUUGGGGGCAGUUACCACUGGAAGUCAAUUCCUGGAUCCUGAUGGUAUGUUCCCAAAUCACAUCCCAAAUCCUGAAGAUAAGAAGGCAAUGGAGUCUAUUACCAAAGCCGUCCUAGACCAAAAAGCAGAUUUGGGCAUCAUAUUUGACACUGACGUUGAUAGGGCUGCUGCUGUAGAUUCCAGUGGGAAAGAGUUGAAUCGCAACCGCCUUAUUGCUCUUCUGGCUGCAAUUGUGUUGGAGCAGCAUCCUGGAACCACUAUUGUCACAGACAGUGUGACCUCGGAUGGCCUUACGACUUUCAUUGAACAGAAACUGGGUGGCAAACAUCAUCGCUUCAAGAGGGGUUAUAAGAAUGUCAUUGAUGAAGGCAUUCGGCUGAACACGGUUGGAGAAGAGACUCAUUUGGCUAUCGAAACCAGUGGACAUGGUGCCCUGAAGGAGAAUCACUGGUUGGACGAUGGUGCAUAUUUGAUGGUGAAAUUAUUGAUUAAACUGGCUGCCGCAAAGGUGUCGGGAGAGGCAUCUGGAAGUAAAGUGCUCUCCGAUCUUAUUGCGGAUUUGGAAGAUCCAGCCAUUUCUUCUGAGUUGAGGUUCAAGAUUGAUCAAUCUCAUCCUGAUAUUGGGUCAGGAGGUUUCAAAGCAUAUGGAGAGCAAGUCCUGGAUAAAUUGGAUCAAUUGGUUGCCUCAGAUGCAAAUUUGAAGAAAGCACCUGUUAACCAUGAAGGGAUUCGUGUCUCUGGGUAUGGAGGAUGGUUUCUGCUUCGAUUAUCCCUACAUGAUCCUGUUCUGCCGUUGAACAUCGAGGGCCCGUCUAUGGAAGCUACAAAGAAGCUGGGAGAGUUUGUCCUUUCAGCCGUUAAGGAGUUCGGGGCUUUAGAUACUUCCGCCCUGCAGAAGUAUGUUGCGUAGGUCACACCUACUAUUCUCAGAUUACUGAAGGUCAAAUUAUUGACUGGAUCUAGAAAUUAUCUUGCUCAAUUUGAGUCAAUAAAUUUCUUGCGAGCUGAAUAUUCUCACAAUGUAUUUAGAAACAAUCUAAGGCUGCAAAAUGUGAUUUCUUCUA